AUUAUUUUAUCAAGUAUAAUAAAUGAUCUGUUAUGAGCAAUUGUAACAAUAUAAUUAAAAUGUAAUGCAGAAAAACAAUGAAGCAUCCUAGCCCCGUUAUUUUAUGAGAGCGUUGAAUUAUCAAAUAUACAUUUUCGUAAAAAAAAAAAAAAAAUGGAACAUAAGAAGAGUGUAUUAGUCUCGAACGUACUCGAAAAGUGUGAAGUACUUUGUAAUAACACCAUGCAAGUAUAUAUUAUUGCCUGAUAUUUUUUCUUCUCAACAUAAUAUACACGCUGUCGUUAGAAUUAUCCUUAUGCCAUAGAUACUAUAGUAUAUAUGCGAAUUUGAAAGUCAUCUAUUUUAAAUAUUAAAAACAUCAAUAAUUAAUAAUAGUUACAUAAGCGCGAUGCUUGAAGAAGGAAAAUAAGAAGUACAUGUUUAGAAUGAAAAAUAUUUUAGAGCAACGUGAGAAGUUUAGGAAGAGCGAAGAAUAUCAAAUGUCCUAUAUUAAUUAUUUAUUGAAAUACAUCUAUAUAGAUCCGACGCUUUGUUCAAGAAGAUACUACACGUUCAAAAUAUCACAUUGCCGAAUCAAAGUACCAAAUGCCCAAUCAUAUAUAUUAUUUACAAUUUUACUGUUUCAUUUAUUUAGUAAGUAUUUAAAUGCAUAGAUUCUUAAGAAAGUUUAAAGUCGCUAUUUAUGUAUAUCGGUUGUCUUCUCAGCAGUUCAAUUAUUUAUUAAUUAAUUCGAAAUAAAUUCGAAUUUGAACUUUUAUCGACGAUUCGUAACCCAUUAUCUACGUAAUGUAUUAUACAUACGGUAUUAUACAUAAUAAACAUAUUACAUGGAUAAUGGUUUACGCAACGUAUACCAUUGAAAUCUAAGAAAAAUGUUUAAAGCAAAUUCAAUAUCUCGCGGUACUAUCACGUAAGCAACAUCACAUAAAGACAGAUCGGUGAAUCGGUUGAGUCAACAAGAAAGUCGCUAGCCAUGCUAGUGAUGUUUCAUCGAAAUUUCGCUAAUAUAUUGUGGCGUAAGCUUUUUUCGAUGGAUAAGUACACGGUACUCUUCGACACUCCAAGAACAUGUUUUAGAGGGAACAUAUACAUACGUAUGUAUGUAUCAAAAUACGAUUACAAAUUGCGAUAAAAGUUGUAAUACUUUUCAAUCGGAACAAAAAAUUAAUGUAAGUGGAGUCAACAUCAAUUACCUGAGAGUUGGUACGGCUCAACAUCCAGUUUUGUUUUUACCAGAUGCCUUAGGUUCGACUUGGACGACGCAUCUUAAACCAUAAAUAGAGGGAUUGGACGAUGAAAAAUUUACUACGGUGGUAUGAGAUUCUCCGGGCGAAGGAAAAUCAAAACCACCCGACAGGACAUUCCCAAAUGAUUUUUUUCAGCGUGACACCGAUUAAGCAUACCAUUUAACGAGUUACACAAUAUUUUCAUUGAUAAGUUGGAGCGAUGGUGGUAUCGCGUUCGCUUCGAUGUUCCCCGAUAAUGUUCGAAAGAUGGUAGCCGUUGCUGUAAACGCCUAUGUAACGUCGAAAGAAAUCAACAUUUAGAAAAAAUACUAAAAUGUAGAUAGUUGGUCCGAAAAAAUGCGAGCUCCACUAAUAGAAAUAUACGGGGAGGUCUACUUCCGAAGAACUUGGUCUAAUUGGACAGAUGCAAUUUUGAGAAUUUGUGAAAAACAACACGGCGACUUAUGCAAAGUGUUGCUAACGCAAAUUAAAUGUCCCAGUUUGAUGAUUCGGAACAAGGACCCUAUGGUACUCGCCGAGCAUCCAAUUUACUUGAAGGAUCACAUCGUCGGAGCAAAGUUGCAAAUUUUUUGAAGAGGAGCGCAUAAUUUGCAUUUACGAUAUCCUGAGGAAUUUAACGAGAUCGUUAUCAAGUUUUUAAUCGGCUGAUCGAUGGUUUCACGAUAUACAUAAAUAUGUGGUAGAUAUGAUAUACAGUCUUAUAUACCUUUUUUUAUCUCCAUACAUUUGUGGUCAUCGUAACGUAAUAUAAUAACGUUUUUUUUUUAGUGAGCACUGGUAAUACCUAUGAUUAAUCGCAAAUGUUAGAAAAAGCAUCCUUAUUAAGAGUUCGAACAACGUUUGUUCUACACUACGCUGAGUGCGUGAUAUAGCGUAAAGGACACACGUGGGAUAACCGGCACAGGAAUCAAGUCAGAGAAAGGAGCUAUGAAACCACGUGGGCGAUGGAGGCUUUCCGUUG